AUGCUGGCGGCCUGCGCGCCGGGGCUGCGCGCCGCGCUGCGCCGCGGGGCGCCCGCGGGCCGCCUGGCCGCGCUGCACGGCUCGCCCGCGCGCCGCCGCCCCGCCCGCGUCGCCGUGGUCCUGUCUGGUUGUGGUGUCUACGAUGGCACAGAAAUUCAUGAGGCCUCAGCGGUGCUGGUGCACCUUAGCCGCGGGGGCGCCCACGUUCACAUGUACGCUCCAGAUGUGCCUCAGAUGCACGUCGUUGAUCACAGCAAGGGGCAGCCAGCUGCAACUGAGUCGAGGAAUGUUUUAGUGGAAUCUGCACGGAUUGCUCGUGGUAAAAUCACAAACCUGGCUAACCUUACCACAACAGACCAUGAUGCUGUGAUAUUUCCUGGUGGAUUUGGAGCUGCUAAAAACUUAUCCACCUUUGCUGUCGAUGGGAAGGAUUGCAAGGUGAAUAAAGAAGUCGAACGUGUCCUGAAAGACUUCCACAAAGCAGGCAAACCUAUUGGUCUUUGCUGCAUUUCACCAGUGCUGGCAGCAAAAGUUCUGGCUGGUGCUGAAGUAACUGUGGGGCAUGAGGAAGAGGAAGGUGGCAAGUGGCCUUAUGCUGGAACUGCGGGAGCCAUUAAAGAAAUGGGAGGAAAGCACUGCGUCAAAGAAGUAACCGAAGCUCACGUGGAUACCAAGAACAAGGUGGUGACUACCCCAGCCUUCAUGUGUGAAACAGAAUUACAUAACAUCUUCGAUGGCAUUGGGGCCAUGGUGAAGAAUGUGCUGAAGCUAACUGGCAAGUAAAGCGGCUGUUCUAAAAAGUAAAGCUAUAGACAUGUUUAAAUUUAGGGUAUAGUAUCAAAGAAAGAAUGGACCAAUGGAGACAUUUUCACCUGCUUUUCCUGUUCACACUCUAAUAAGUGCUGAUGCGAAGCUGCUUGAUUCCCAUCUGUGGGGAUUUCCAGGACUUUUCCAAAAGAGGAGCCCGUAGAACAGCUCGUGGGCGAUGAGCGGUCUGGCCUGAGACACAGAGCGUUUCCUUGAGCUUUUCCAGGUGAAAGGAGCUGUGUGGCCGUGUCCAGCAGCCGUCAUCAUGUGGCACCAGUGCCAAAGCAUUUCCAUGCGGGCAAAGAAAGACUAGGGGCCUUUCCAGAGCUGAGGGCAGAUGCGUUGUAGGGGCAGAGCAUCCACAGUGGCGCUGCCUCUGUUGGCCUAAGAAUGGAGAGGCUGUAGUUGGUACUUCAUGGCUUAAGCAUUUAGGCCUCAAUCUGUGAACUAAAAGUCGGAAUUAACUGUGGUGCGGCCAAGGGAGCAGACAUCUUCCACAUCCUAAGGUUGCCUCGGCUUGGUUUAAACAUCCAUGUUCUUUUUUUUUUUCCAUUUUAAAGAACCCCUUUCCAGAGGAGAGCUGUUCCGAAUAACAUGAGCAGGACACACCUUAUCUGUCACAAUGUUAGCA